CAUCAUUUCACCACUUUGCCACACAAACUAGACGCCCAUAAUAAACCUUACGGGCAGUAAUUGGAAUUGAGGCUUUUUUUUCUCCUCUCCUCUCCUACUCUUUACCCCCUUUACGCGCAGGCUCCAAAUCCAAAUUUCACCUAGUGCACCAAAACGGCUAGGGUCGGCCCUGGCUGUAUAAUCUGAUUGGUUCCAGUUUGCAACCAACAUUUCCAAACAAGAUCUCGAGAUAAAACGGCUCUAAUCAUUAUUUUUCAAUUAUUAAACACACGUUACAUACAACUUUGAUUUUAGUGUGCGACAAAAAAAAAAAAAAGACUGCACCUUUAAUCUGUCAUAAAGUCAGUAUAAGAGACCAGUUAACGUGGUAGUGGCUCCUCAGUCUCUUACACUUCUCACCAUUUCACCACACAAACUAGACGCCCAUAAUAAACCUUAUGGGCAGUAAUUGGAAUUGAGGGUUUUUUUUUUUUUCUUCUCUUCCUCUCUUCUCUCUUCUCUUUACCCCCUUUCCGCGCAUGCGCAGUGUGGCGCGCACUGGUCAGUCUGAGAAGCAGCUGUUCUGUUCAGGAGCUGGUUGAAAUUCCAACAUGGCAGUAGUGGCCGCGGUCAGUGUUGUUUCCUGCGAUACCUCGGGAUGCUUUCAGCUCGCUCGCAGCCAGGCUUAACCCUCGAGGACCUCGUUCAUCAGCAGAACCCCUACCCGGGAUCGAUGCGACCCUAACAACCCCCAAAACCCCCAACCCAAGAGGUCGACCUGAGAGAGAGAAGAAGAGAAAAAAAGCAGCUCGAGAUGAUCAGCAGCAACAGCGUCUAUGGCUUAAAGAUGCAGUGGACCCCCGAGCACAGCCAGUGGGCCGAACAGCAUUUCGACAUCUCCUCCACCACGCGCUCGCCAGCCCACAAGGCUGAGGCCUACAGGGCGGUACCUGGCCACCUGCAGCGCUCGGCCACCUACCAGUACGCCUGGGCCAAUGACGACAUCUCGGCCCUCACCGCCUCCAACCUGCUCAAGAAGUAUGCCGAGAAGUAUUCCGGCAUCCUGGAGAUGCCGUACCCCGAGGGCCCUGGAGUGAUGAACGGACGGAAGGUUGAAUCCGAGCCCUGGCAGGACGGCGUCUACCCCAUGAGCUGCAUCCCCGAGGGGGUUUCCAUCCGAAAGGGAGGGGUGGCGGCGGCCUCGGAUGUGGUGUCUGGCAUGUGCAGCUCGCCGGGCCUGGCCUCCAGCACCCUGAGCGAGCCCAGCUACUCCAGCAGCAGCUGCGGGAGCCACGCCGCCACCGCCCUGCACUCCUCCUCCAUGCCCUCUCAGGAAUACGGCCCUCCGUACAGCAGCGCCUACCUGCACGGUAGUUACAGCUCCCAGUCUGCCCCCGCCCCGGCACUUCCCUCCCCACUGCACAGCUCUGGGCUCCUGCAGCCGCCCCCUCCGCCGCCCUCCCACCCCACUCUAGUCCCAGCUUACAACGGAGGCUCCCCCAACUUGUCUAAUUAUAAUUACCCCCCAGCAGGCUACCCAGCUCAGAGCUCCGUCGGGCCAGGAUACAGCCCUGGAGGAGCACCCCCUCCAUCCUCAUACCUUCCCUCAGGCAUCGCUGCACCUACACCCCUUCCCCCAUCUUCUACUUUACCUGGAUACCCAUACCAGAGCCACAACCUGACCCCAAUCGCCCCCACGCCUCUCAACAGUAGCUCCUCCAACUCACUGAAGAGGAAAGCCUUCUACAUGACAGGCCAAGGAGAGAUAGACUCCGCUUAUGGUAACUUUGGCUACGGCCAGGCCCGGAGCUCGGCCGAGAGCCCCAUGUACAGGAUAGCUGACAGCAGCAGUGCGAACGGAGGCUCCAACAGCGCCGGUGGUGGUGGAUUUGACAGAAAUGCUGAAAAGUCGUCUUUACCUUUUAAUCCUCAGAAGCAGUCCACAAUGUCCUCAGAGCAGAGGAAGUACAGCAGCCAGGCAACAGGUGGGCCGCUGACUCCACCGGCCUAUGUCACCUCCACCCUGGGGGGUUCCCGCUCAACAGAUUCCCUCGCCAGCUUCACCUCCCCUUCCCUCAGCGAGCAAGGUGCCGACGAUCACCGUCUCCACCUCUCCCACUCAGCACCAGGGCCUACCUCCUCCUCAUCCACUUCCUCCUCCCGGCCUGCUGAAGAGCAGCUAAAAACCAGUGACCCUCACCUCCUAGAUAUGGUUACCUCUGAAAUCGUUCAGCAGGGGCCCCCAGUGGAUUGGAGUGACAUCGCAGGACUAGAACUGGCCAAGGCAACCCUGAAGGAGGAGGUCCUGUGGCCCAUCCUGCGCCCGGACAUGUUCAGCAGUUUAGGGCCAGUCCCACGUUGCGUGUUGCUGUUUGGCCCCAGGGGCAGUGGCAGGACGUUGCUGGGUCGCUGCCUGGCCAGCCAGCUGGGGGCGCCGUUCCUCCAGCUCAACGGUUCUACGUUGGCCACCAAGUGGCUGGCGGAGGGAGAAAAGAUUAUCCGAGCGUCCUUCCUAGUGGCGCGCUGCCGGCAGCCUUCAGUACUGUUCAUUAGCGAGGUGGAUAUGCUGUUGUCAGCCCACCUCAGCGAAGAGAGUCCCAUCAACCGGCUAAAGGGGGAGCUACUUGCCCAGUUGGACUCCCUUCUCAUGGGCUCAGGCGAGGACAACCAAGUGUUGGUGGUUUGCUCCACAAGCAGGCCCCAGGACAUGGACGAAGGGCUGCGCAGGUAUUUUGCUCGGAGGGUCCUCGUGCCCCUGCCGGAUGGCGCGGCCCGACACCAGAUCGUGAGCCAGCUCCUGGCUCAAUCUCAGCACAAGUACUGCUUGAGCGAGGAGGAGCUGGCGCUGCUGGUCCAGCGUACCGAGGGUUUCUCCGGACUGGACCUGGCCAGACUCUGCCAGGAGGCCCUCGUAGGUCUGUUGCACGUCUCUGCACAGGGCAUGGACAUGUCGGGUAUGAUGCCCAGGGGACAGGUCAGGCCCCUCACCUACCAGGACUUUGAGAGUGUCUUUUGUAAAUUCCAAGCCAGUAUAUCACAGAAAGAGAUUGACACGUACACUGAGUGGAACAAAAUGUUCGGCUGCAGCCAGUGAAGAGAUAGAUUCCGCCCUUGAGAAAAAGAGGCAUCCACAAUUCCUCCCCUCAGGGCAGAAGCAUUGUGCUGGAGGGAAAGGCACACAGAAGGCCAACACGAGCCCACAGAGUUCUCACAAGCAGGGUUUAGACGCACCGAGAGACCUGGUUUGACGAGACCACUGGCAGUUUUGCCGUUAAUGAGCAAGAGUUUUAAUUUGAAUGCUUGACACUCCAGAAAGCCAGGCAUUGUUUACACAUUGCAAGCAAGUUGGCUUCAGAAGAGACGCCCCAGUGUCUGUGUAUAUAUCGUUAAUGUUCUUGUUCUUGAGAUUUAGUUGGCUAUCCAAGUGCCUGACGUGGUGCUUUCUGAUUUUCUUUCUUUGUUUAUUUGCCUCACAAUCUACAUUCAUGGCAUGAGCUGACGAUUAUUAAGAGCUUUAAAACUUCAGCGGUGAGUCUGAAAAACAAGAGAUUGACAGUUGCCAUUGGUGGUGGUCAAUCAUUCUUUAUUGUCUUGCUAAGAGCAGUAAUCCAUCAGGGCGGCAGUAGUCUGGGCCCUGACUUCGCACUCAUCCCCUUCUGAUCCCGUGUCUGCAAAACAAACAAACGUAACAAACAAAACUCAGGAAAGCGUUUGUGAAUUGUACAGUACCUCAAGAUAUCUUGACGAAAAAAGCACUAAGAUCUGACAGGAGAAUCCGAGCUGGUUUGGCAGUUUAUGUUUAGCGAAGCAGUGUUAGGUGUACCUCAACUGGCUAGGAUAAAUAGCAAAGAGGUGACGAUGAAUGUACUAGAUAUUUUCUGGAAUGAUGGAACAUAAUCAAUAGUGAAUAAAAACAUUUUUUUCCCCUCCCAGCAGGUGCUUUAGCUACCUGCUUCUACUUGACCAAUCCUGAAGCUUAUUUCCAUCGCUUUAAAAAAGAAUAAUACAAUUUUAAAAACCACACAGCUUCUGCAAAGCUGUGUGGUUUUGGGGUUUUUAAGAGACGAGCAAGUGUUGGGGUGAUGGGAGUUGUAUAUUUAUUAAAACAACCAUAAUCAAUAUUGUUUAUAUUAUGCGAUCUAGGCUAUAUGGUUAGGCUGCAUGGAGGCUCCAUCAGUUUGUCAGCUAACUUCUGCACAAAAUACCGGCUCUUUUGUCAUGAGGGGAGAUGUAAUCUCCGACGUGGAUGAACUUGAUGCUAAAAAAACACCUCCAAAAAAAUUUAAAGGAAUAGUUUGACAUUUUGGGAAAUACACAUAUAUCGAAAAAUGAAGUAUAAAAACAACAAUUUGGUGGUUUUAUGUGCCGCUAAGCUAACGGGCUGCCAGCUGUAGCCUAAUAUUGUAAGGGAACACCUCAAAAUAAUUUAAAGGGAUAGUUACAAUUUGGGGAAAUACACUUAUUUGCGUUAAAUGAAAGAUAUAAAAUAAAUUUGAAAUUUGAAAACAGUGAAACAACUAGCCUGGCUCUGUCAGAAGGUAACAAAAAAACAUUUUAUACAUUGCUUGUUUAUUCAUACAAAAAUCUAAUUUGUGAUUUUAUGUGCUGUUAAGCUAACGUUUCUGCUGGUUGUAGCCUUAUAUUGAAAAGACAAACAUAACAGUGGUAUCGACCUUCUUGUUUAACUCUCGGCAAGAAAGCAAAUAAAAACGUAUUUCCCAAAAUGUCAAACUACUCUUUAAAUCACAGUUAUAUAUCAAAGACAAUUUACUGUAUCUCUUUGUGUGAAUUAAAUGUUUGACUUAAUGUCAUUUCACCGAAUUUCCCCGCUGGGGAUCAAUAAAGCUGUAUCUUAUCUUAUCAUUUAAUCCAGUUGGUUUCAGCCAGAAAUGCUGUAUUGGAAAUCAGUAAGCAGCUCAUCUGUUGCGUUCAAGGAAAAUCUGUUUCCAUAACGGUAAACUAGGAUUAAGGGAGCUCAUUCCAGAUAUCCCUCCCAGUUUUUAAGUUGGAUUUGAUAGGUGUCACAACCCAGAUAUGGAAAUAUGGAUUUUGCAAAGUUGUCUUGUCACUCGCACUGUUUAGCUGCAUUUUAACUGGAUUAUCUGUAGAACGGGAUGCCACUCCUGUAAUUCAAAUUAGACAAGGUCAUUCAUCUAGUACAUACGUAUCUUACAUGCCUAUAAUUUAAAAAUGUGUUGAAAGUAGACAGUAAAUUGCUGUUUUUGCUGGACGUCAGACGUAAUUUCAUAAUAAACUGUCUAUUUGAAAGGUCCAUCUUAACACUAAUUGAGAGUGAGUGAAAUUACAUAUUAAGAAAAAACUUGUAUUUUCUUCAGCCAUUGCUACAAAUCAAGCCGACAAAACUUGCUGACCAGCGUUAGCUAACGUGUUCAGAGAAUUAGGCUUUGUCCGAAAUCUCAUACUACUUACUACAUAUCCAAUAUGUGUACUAUCGUUCAACAUACUUUUGUGUGAAUAAACAGUAUCUUUUCAUAAGCACUGAGCAGCAGUUUACGUCGUCACUUCCUGAGAACCUCCUUGCCGGUUGAAGACGUGUAACCAUGGUAACCCGUGCCAACCCCAUGUGAUCAAAAUGAACGUUUGUGAGAAUCAAAGUCUGAAUUAAUUUCAAAUAUACGUUACGCCUAGCAAAGUGAAAUCUUAUACUUAAAUUGAAGCGUUAUUGACGUUACAGAGCUGUUUGUCGCCGUCCGUUGUCGCCACCACUGCAUUGCAUUGUGGGAUAUUUAUACCGCCGUAGUGUCCAGUGUUGCAUACUGUAAUAUUUCACCGGAAAUAGUGCGCAAUUUGCGUACUCUUGGUUCCAUCCCAAGGUUUAAUAAAAUAUCUCUUAAAUAGCAUGUUAGUAUGGAAUUUCGGACGCAACCUUAUUCUGCCUCCACCUACAGAAAUACAUCAUCAUGUUUACCAACAGAAAAGGGGUCUAUACAUAGUUAGCAACACUGUAAAGGACAUUAUUUUAAUCAAGUUACAAUCAGAACAUUUGAAUCAAAUAUGUUUUAUCCAAAAUGACCGCCCGAGGCAAACUAAUCCAAUUCAAACAUAAUUUUUUUUUUCUCAACUGUGACUGUAUUUCAUUUUUCACUGUAUUUUACACAGACGGCAUCUAAAUGCAUUUGGAUACAUACUUCAGUUGACUGAAAAGCUUUGAGUGAGGAAUUGUGGCACUAGUCUUAAAGUCCUUCAUCUCUGAAGGUUAUCUGUUGCCCAUUGUGUUGCAUUGGAAUGUAUUUUUUGUCUCUUCCUUGCUUGUCCGUUAGCUCCACUGUUGUGACACGAGAAUACUUAAGAUAGUUUAAUGUGCACUAAAGCAUUUUGUGUGUAAUAUUGUUUUGUUGAAAUAUAUUUGUCUGUCCGGUAUUUAUCCUGAAGGAGAUUUAUCUGAUCAGUUUUUUAAAUUUUUUUAAUCGUAAAUCCUGCUUUUUUUAUUUUAAAUAUAAUAUCAGUGAGCUGCAUUACUGUAUGUUCAGGCCCACUCUGUGUUGCUAUCUCCGGUCUAGUGCGGCACCUGAUGUGGGGGGAAAAAAAAAAGUUCUGCUGAGCGUCAGCAAAAUUGACGGAAAGGAAAGACAGCCAGGCAGCAGUGUGGCGGCAGCACAAGGGGAAAAGCAGAGUGGUCCGUCAGAAAACCACCCUCAAAAACAAUCUGUACCAGAAUUCCUUCUGUCAGCAAAUCCUCUGGAGAGAGAGUCCCUUUAGACAGAAAAACCGACUAAUGCACUUCAGAGCACACAACAACAGCACAGGCGUCUCCCUCUCCCCUCCACCGCCGACGAACAAACGACUUGAAACACACCGCUCGAUGCUACGCUUGUUUGUUGCGUGUUUUGUGGUCCUUCUUUUGUGUCUCGACCUUUUUUCUACAUGGUGUUUUUUUUUUUUUUUUUUUUUAAAUGGAGUUCUUCUUUAAAGCAUUUCUACCUCAUGGCUACAAAAACACACGUGGUAUUUGAUUUACGUCUUUCCAAAUGUCAGUGAAAAAAAAAGCAUUGAAAAAAUAAAAUAUUAAAAAAAAAAAAAGUGGAGAGAAUUACAACAUGAAGUUUUUGCGCAGUCUACCUCACAUGACUGUACUUAAAACAUUUAGCUGAUGGUGCAACCGCAGGCUGCAGCAUAGCCCAGUGUGUGUGUGUGUGUCUGUCAACGUGUGUGUGAGCUAUAAGCGAAACACACACACACCUGAUAAACGUCAAAAACACACACAAGUGUGAGGACGGAAACCGCUGGGGUCGACCUAAAAAGGCGACCCGGAAAUGUAUAAUCCAAUACAUUUGCUUUAAUCUUUUGUGAACUACUGUGGUUGUGCGCGUGUGAAUGUGUAUAUACAUGGGCACACUCUUCUGUUUUUUAUUUAGUGUGUUGGAUUUUAUAAAUUGUUAGUAUAUAUAACACACUUGCACAACUUUAAAACCAGAGUGUAACGUGUUUCUGUUGUACAUACCUAUACAUACAAUACAAAUGCACCACUUGUUUAUAUGUGUGAAUAUGUUGCCAUACUUGCAGUCAAUGUAUUUUCAUGUAAUCUUAGGUACAAGCAGCAACAAACAAUUCAUUAAAGACAUUUUCUUGGGAGAUUA